GUUAGACGGGCGCGUGGCCGUCCCUGAGUGUUGUCGCGAGAGUGCCGGGCGAACCGAGAGGGCCGUACAACCCCUCCUCUCGCGAUUUUCCUGGCGGUGGUGGAAGGGAAGGAGUCGGGAGCGGGAGUGAUUUGGUGUAUCGAAAAGCAUAUGGAGGGGAUCCCGCAUCUUGGUGGGGAUGCGAAUCGCGCCGCGUGAAUCGGAUGGUCGAUGGACACUCAGCUGGGCAAAAGGAACUGGUAGGGGUGAACAACCUUGUAUCUUCCUGACGAAGACUCCGAGAUGAAUUUUGCUGCGUUCCAGGCAGUUGGUGCUCCGGGGACUCACUUCGUGACAACUGGGGGUCAAAUGCCUGUAACGAAGAUACAGCAGAACAUGACAAAUAAUGGAACUGCUCUGUCACAGGUGGUGGGCAUGGUGGGCGGAGUGAACAUGGGCGAUGGCGUUCAGUACUUGCGCACGAUCGACGGCAGUUCGCUUCAGGGCACGCCGCAACUUAUAUCCGUGCCUAUCGCUUUGCCGGGGACUAAACCCGGAGAUCCUCAGCCGACCGUGCAAAUCCAAGUGUUGAGUCCAAACAUGAUGCAACAGCAGCAGCCUAAGUACCAAAUGCAGAUACCCAUCCAGGGCUUCCAACAAGGUGGCGCUGUUCUCACAUUAGCGUACUCGCCAGACGCGAAUGACGGCGGUGGAAUACAGCUUAUUGGAAACUCGCUGCCUGAAGGUACAUACAGGAUGCGAACAGGUCUGCAAAUACUAUCCGCGUUACCGCAAGAGAUGCAGCUCAUUCAGCCGCAACAGGCGCAGGAGAGCAAGGAGCAAGUGCAGCAAAACUUGCAGCAUCAGGUAUACAUAACGCCGAACAAUCAGAUAAUAAUCAACGGGCCGGACGUAAAGCCACAGCUGAUCAAUAAUAACCCCGAAAUUACGAACGUCGUUAUCAAGGAGGAGUGUGAUGAGAAUGACGAUGAGAGUUCUCAAGGCACAGAAACAAGUGAGAGCAUACCGUGGCAGCUCGGCAGUUCCUCGCAGGACCUAGUCAAAUAUCUCAACACAUUACCUCCGCAACAAAAUUUAGAAGUGAUGCAAAUGUUGUUACAGCAAACACAAGCCCUCCCCGCCUCGCUACAACAGUUCCUCCGCCUUAACCCGGCCGAUGUGAAGCGAAACGAAGUUUCCAUUGACGUGGAAAUGACGACGGAUGACGACAAGAAGAAUAUUGUUAUAGAAACUGGGAUGGACGAAGAGCAUGAUGCCAUGCCAAUCCAAAACAAAAAGAAGAAGAAAUACAAGAAGAAACCCCCAAAACCCGCGCGACCAAAGCCAGGACAAGUCGUUAUAGCGACUGCAGCGGACGGGACACCCAUCUUCUGCUGCCCCGAAUGUAACAUGGCGUACCCCGAAAAGGAACAGCUGGAGAUGCAUCUCUCGGUCCACAAGAUCGAGAGGCGGUUUAUUUGUGGCAUCUGUGGCGCUGGACUGAAACGCAAAGAACACUUGGAGCGACAUAAAUUGGGCCACAAUCCGGAGCGGCCGUACGUGUGCGGGGUUUGCGGGAAGGGCUUCAAGCGGCGCGAGCAUCUCAACUUGCACGCUGUCAUACACUCCGGCGUCAAGACUGAGAUGUGCGGGCAGUGUGGCAAAGGUUUCUACCGCAAGGAUCACCUUCGCAAGCACACUCGCUCGCACGAGUACAAGACCGCGCGCGCUCACAACGAAGGCGCGGACAUGAAGACCACGCACACGACCACCAACAACAACGUCACCACCAGCAUCACCACCGGCUCCAACACCAUGAUGCCGGAGAUUACUAUACACGUCCCAACAAGUUCGAACCUCCAAGUGCCCGUUCAAAUCAACAUCCCCCAGCACGUGAUGUCGUCACUUGCCCUCGCGCAGGCUGCAGCGGGCGGCGCGCAGCACGACGCCAGCGACGCGCACGAGCAGCUCAACGCGCACGCGCAGAUCGACGCGCUCCUAGCGCAGCACACGUGACGUCACGGCCGGUGCGGGCCGCGCUCACAGAUUUCGACACACACUCCAAAAAUGAGAGAAAAUCAAGUAAGGUUGCUUAUUUCCGCUUAGCGACGACAUACGUCAUCAAUUAACGUAUGUAUGGGUAUUGUAAGUCUGCAUACAAUCUUUCACUUAAAACAUGGUAAAAAUGUAAAAAUCCUGUACAUUUAACUGAAAAAAGUAAUGUGUGCUGUAUAUAAACUUAAUCGAGGCUUUUUUCUGAAUCGUGGGAAUUCAGCUAUCCGGUUCGAAGGACCAUAAAAGUAAGGUUAAAUCACGUUACUUAAGUGUAUUGAUACGUAAGCUGUAUUUUCUAGGUAUUAUGUACAGUUUAGCUAGCCAAUACGAAGGCAUCAAUGUAUGUGCGCGGCAGCCUGUGUUAGUACGAAAUAUAAUCGUGUGAAUUACUUUCAUGCGAUUAUCAUUCAUAUUCGAUAUAGCGAAAAGAAGGGCUAGCCCACACUUGGUAAAAAGCGCAGAAUUAUUUUCGCAUGAUUUUUUAUCGUCCUAAUGAAUGAGGUCUAGUCCACACUGCGAACAAACCGUGCGAUAUUUUAUCGAAAUUCUGUAUGACAUGGAAUUAUAUAACACUAAGGUAGUUUAAAAUUCGCACGAAAAGUAAUUUGUGAUUUGAUAUACUUACAUAUAUUGGACUAUUAUGGUGUGGAUUUCGCUUCGCGUGAAAGAGAUCGCUCGGCCAAAUGGCGUAGUGCGAUCUGAUCCUAAACCAAACACAUAGCUUCUAAUUUGCAAUUACAUAUAUACUUGCGCGUUUUCGUAAGAUCGAUUUUCAAGUAUGAAAACGUUAAAAUAAUCGCGCGAAAAUAUUUCUAGUGACUGCUGGUGUAAUUUAUAAGAAGGCAGUCUACACGUUUUAGUGUUAAGAACUGUAGAAAAAUAUUGUACAGAUUGGAUAAUUGACAUGAGUUCGUCGUUAUAAAAAACCGUAGCUCAUUGGUAGUGAUACAUUUAAAGACAGAACCAACAGAAUAUUGGCUUUAUUCAACAAUAAACUUAGAUUAAAGGAAACAAUAAAUAUUAUAUGUGACAGACAGAUAUUAGAAUGACAAUAUCAUAAUUCGAAUCUUUUAAAUAGUGAUCGAAAACCUAAACAACUAACAAGGAGGUCAUAUCAGGUACGAUUUAAUAUCAAUUUGACGACUUACUUUAGACGCAAUUUUUUGCAGGCUAAAUUUUACUACCAAAACUUAGUGGCGCGUACAUUGAGUAUGAAUUAAUAAAUUGGUAGGUAACUCAUAGUCAUGUCAUUGGCUGACUGUUGUAAAAUACAUACACAUAUCAAUAUAAGCAGUGUACAGUGAUUAGAAAUAGUAAAAGUACGAAACGUGUUUUAUAUUUUAAUGUAUGUAAAUUUUUUGAAGUUUAUACUUAUAUCUGAAUUAAUAUAUUUUCAUAGAUCUGCCAGUUGAACUGUUUGACAUUAGUUAAAUUUAUCAUACUUCUCUUUUCAUUUAUAUUUAUCCCAAAAUUAAAACGUCGUACCUAAUUAGGUACAUAUUCCUUUUUGUAAUGAAUAAAAAGUAAUAUUUUAUGUGUAUUGCCCGGUAUGGAUUCAUUAAGCUGUAUAAAUGGUCCAUCGUAUAGCGAGCGGGCAAGGUGGAGUGAAGGACUAAAAGGGCUUAUUUAUUUAUACUAUAAUACCAAUAACCAAGUGAUAGUGUAGUGACGCAUGAUUGUACCUGAAGGCUGAACUCGAAACGGAUGUGAAAGGUAGCGGUUCCUGGGUGUGUUGUCAUAUGAACCCAACACAUAUAUGCUGUGUCCGCCUACGCUGCGCUAAGGUGCCAACGCACUCGAACUGAACUGCAGCGGCACUGCGCGCUGCGGCAGGCGCGCUGCCCAUAUUCUCUCCAGCCGCGACGCGCGGCAACGCUCUAGUUCGAUAUGCUCCAUACAAAAUGAUAGAAAUAAUAUUCUGACUCGAUGUGCCGCGUAGUGCAGUCUCGUGCAGUGCAGCUGCAGUUCAGUUCUAGUGCGUACGCACCUUUAAGGUGGCUACAUACGUAACUGCAAACGUCAUGCUGUGGCUGAUUUAUUCCCGCCCCUGUUGGUUUGUUAUCUCAUUGGGCUAUGAGAAUGUAUCUGAGCUUACACUUAUUCACUAAGUAUAAGCUGCAGCACCACCUGCGUUGUCGGCCAGUCCCCGUUGGGGUUGGCCGCUGUGGCCGAUAUUCCGUUUGGAUGACAUUAUUUUAGCGUUUAAUCUAUCGUGACAUUAUUCACACGGCAUUAAUACCGCACGUUUUUUUUGCAAUAUAAAUCUUACCGAAUACGUAGUGGAGCAUACUCUGAAAAUAGAACCAUUCACACGGUGUAGAUACGUUUUUUGCAGUACGAACAACGCGUGAAUGGUACAUACUAUACUCAAUAUAUUCGCUACUACGUUUUUGGUAAGAUAUAUUCUGCAAAAAACGCGUGUUGAAAAUGCCGCGUGGACUGGGUCUAGACUUUUUUUUAAAAAGAAUAUUAGCUAUGCUAAUCAUAUCAAUUACUCCCCUUUCCCCUCCAAUUAAGCGUAAAGCUUGUGCCAGGAGUGGGUACGACAAUAGUGCAAACCCCACCCGGGUUUGAACCGCCGACCUUUCGGAAUUCAGUCCGCUCCUCAACCGUUGAGGUAUCGAGGUUUUAGAGGAGACUACUGCGUUUCGUUGUGUUUAUGCGCUGCAUUCAUCCGCACUAAGGAAUCUCUACCUUUAUAGGGUUUUAAAGGCCGGACUGCAUUAGAGCAGCGCGGCACGUCGCUUCACGUCAAAAUAUCCUCUCGGAGGCAACUAUGCCGCGACGCGUAGCGCCGCUCUAGUGCGACAUGCACCAUACGAAUGAUUGAAAUAAUAUUUUGACGCUUUGCGGCGGUGCAAUGCGGUCCGGCCUUUAGUCCGCAGA